AACAGAAAGGAGAUACAGAAAAAGAUGCAAUUAAAGGUCCUAAAAUUGAUGCUACUAAAGAAAAAAAGGCAGAUCUUGAUCGAAAGCUAAAAGAUGAGGAAAAACAACUAGAUCGAAAAAAAGAUCAGGAGGGACUCAAAGAAAGAGAAGAUAUAACUAAGACUGCGGGUAUUCCUGGUGGCAAAAUUGAUAUGAAAGAAGAUAGAAAAGUUGAACCUGACAAACGACAGGUUCGGGAAUCUGACAAACAGAAAGAAGAUACAGGAAAAGAUGCAAUAAAAGGUCCUAAAAUUGAUGCUACUAAAGAAAAAAAGGCAGAUCUUGAUCGAAAGCUAAAAGAUGAGGAAAAACAACUAGAUCGAAAAAAAGAUCAGGAGGGACUCAAAGAAAGAGAAGAUAUAACUAAGACUGCGGGUAUUCCUGGUGGCAAAAUUGAUAUGAAGGAAGAUAGAAAAGUUGAACCUGACAAACGACAGGUUCAGGAAUCUGACAAACAGAAAGGAGAUACAGGAAAAGAUGCAAUUAAAGGUCCUAAAAUUGAUGCUACUAAAGAAAAAAAGGGGGAUCUUGAUCGAAAGCUUAAAGAUGAGGAAAAACAACUAGAUCGAAAAAAAGAUCAGGAGGGACUCAAAGAAAGAGAAGAUAUAACUAAGACUGCGGGUAUUCCUGGUGGCAAAAUUGAUAUGAAGGAAGAUAGAAAAGUUGAACCUGACAAACGACAGGUUCAGGAAUCUGACAAACAGAAAGGAGAUACAGGAAAAGAUGCAAUUAAAGGUCCUAAAAUUGAUGCUACUAAAGAAAAAAAGGGGGAUCUUGAUCGAAAGCUUAAAGAUGAGGAGAAACAACUAGAUCGAAAAAAAGAUCAGGAGGGACUCAAAGAAAGAGAAGAAAUAACUAAGACUGCGGGUAUUCCUGGUGGCAAAAUUGAUAUGAAGGAAGAUAGAAAAGUUGAACCUGACAAACGACAGGUUCAGGAAUCUGACAAACAGAAAGGAGAUACAGAAAAAGAUGCAAUUAAAGGUCCUAAAAUUGGUGCUACUAAAGAAAAAAAGGGGGAUCUUGAUCGAAAGCUUAAAGAUGAGGAAAAACAACUAGAUCGAAAAAAAGAUCAGGAUGGACUCAAAGAAAGAGAAGAUAUAACUAAGACUGCGGGUAUUCCUGGUGGCAAAAUUGAUAUGAAGGAAGAUAGAAAAGUUGAACCUGACAAACGACAGGUUCAGGAAUCUGACAAACAGAAAGGAGAUACAGGAAAAGAUGCAAUUAAAGGUCCUAAAAUUGAUGCUACUAAAGAAAAAAAGGGGGAUCUUGAUCGAAAGCUUAAAGAUGAGGAAAAACAACUAGAUCGAAAAAAAGAUCAGGAGGGACUCAAAGAAAGAGAAGAAAUAACUAAGACUGCGGGUAUUCCUGGUGGCAAAAUUGAUAUGAAAGAAGAUAGAAAAGUUGAACCUGACAAACGACAGGUUCAGGAAUCUGACAAACAGAAAGGAGAUACAGGAAAAGAUGCAAUUAAAGGUCCUAAAAUUGAUGCUACUAAAGAAAAAAAGGCAGAUCUUGAUCGAAAGCUAAAAGAUGAGGAAAAACAACUAGAUCGAAAAAAAGAUCAGGAGGGACUCAAAGAAAGAGAAGAUAUAACUAAGACUGCGGGUAUUCCUGGUGGCAAAAUUGAUAUGAAAGAAGAUAGAAAAGUUGAACCUGACAAACGACAGGUUCCGGAAUCUGACAAACAGAAAGGAGAUACAGGAAAAGAUGCAAUUAAAGGUCCUAAAAUUGAUGCUACUAAAGAAAAACAGGGGGAUAUUGAUCGAAAGCUUAAAGAUGAGGAAAAACAACUAGAUCGAAAAAAAGAUCAGGAAAGACUCAAAAAGAGAGAAGAAAUAACUAAGACUGCGGGUAUUCCUGGUGGCAAAAUUGAUAUGAAAGAAGAUAGAAAAGUUGAACCUGACAAACGACAGGUUCAGGAAUCUGACAAACAGAAAGGAGAUACAGGAAAAGAUGCAAUUAAAGGUCCUAAAAUUGAUGCUACUAAAGAAAAAAAGGCAGAGCUUGAUCGAAAGCUAAAAGAUGAGGAAAAACAACGAGAUCGAAAAAAAGAUCAGGAGGGACUCAAAGAAAGAGAAGAGAUAACUAAGACUGCGGGUAUUCCUGGUGGCAAAAUUGAUAUGAAGGAAGAUAGAAAAGUUGAACCCGACAAACGACAGGUUCAGGAAUCUGAAAAACAGAAAGGAGAUACAGGAAAAGAUGCAAUUAAAGGUCCUAAAAUUGAUGCUACUAAAGAAAAAAAGGCAGAUCUUGAUCGAAAGCUAAAAGAUGAGGAAAAACAACUAGAUCGAAAAAAAGAUCAGGAGGGACUCAAAGAAAGAGAAGAUAUAACUAAGACUGCGGGUAUUCCUGGUGGCAAAAUUGAUAUGAAGGAAGAUAGAAAAGUUGAACCUGACAAACGACAGGUUCAGGAAUCUGACAAACAGAAAGGAGAUACAGGAAAAGAUGCAAUUAAAGGUCCUAAAAUUGAUGCUACUAAAGAAAAAAAAGGGGAUUUUGUUCCAAAGCUAAAAGAUGAGGAAAAACAACUAGAUCGAAAAAAAGAUCAGGAGGGACUCAAAGAAAGAGAAGAAAUAACUAAGACUGCGGGUAUUCCUGGUGGCAAAAUUGAUAUGAAGGAAGAUAGAAAAGUUGAACCUGACAAACGACAGGUUCAGGAAUCUGACAAACAGAAAGGAGAUACAGGAAAAGAUGCAAUUAAAGGUCCUAAAAUUGAUGCUACUAAAGAAAAAAAGGCAGAGCUUGAUCGAAAGCUAAAAGAUGAGGAAAAACAACGAGAUCGAAAAAAAGAUCAGGAGGGACUCAAAGAAAGAGAAGAGAUAACUAAGACUGCGGGUAUUCCUGGUGGCAAAAUUGAUAUGAAGGAAGAUAGAAAAGUUGAACCCGACAAACGACAGGUUCAGGAAUCUGAAAAACAGAAAGGAGAUACAGGAAAAGAUGCAAUUAAAGGUCCUAAAAUUGAUGCUACUAAAGAAAAAAAGGCAGAUCUUGAUCGAAAGCUAAAAGAUGAGGAAAAACAACUAGAUCGAAAAAAAGAUCAGGAGGGACUCAAAGAAAGAGAAGAUAUAACUAAGACUGCGGGUAUUCCUGGUGGCAAAAUUGAUAUGAAGGAAGAUAGAAAAGUUGAACCUGACAAACGACAGGUUCAGGAAUCUGACAAACAGAAAGGAGAUACAGGAAAAGAUGCAAUUAAAGGUCCUAAAAUUGAUGCUACUAAAGAAAAAAAGGCAGAUCUUGAUCGAAAGCUAAAAGAUGAGGAAAAACAACUAGGUCGAAAAAAAGAUCAGGAGGGACUCAAAGAAAAGGAAGAAAUAACUAAGACUGCGGGUAUUCCUGGUGGCAAAAUUGAUAUGAAGGAAGAUAGAAAAGUUGAACCUGACAAACAGAAAGGAGAUACAGGAAAAGAUGCAAUUAAAGGUCCUAAAAUUGAUGCUACUAAAGAAAAAAAGGCAGAGCUUGAUCGAAAGCUAAAAGAUGAGGAAAAACAACUAGAUCGACAAAAAGAUCAGGAGGGACUCAAAGAAAGAGAAGAAAUAACUAAGACUGCGGGUAUUCCUGGUGGCAAAAUUGAUAUGAAGGAAGAUAGAAAAGUUGAACCUGACAAACGACAGGUCCAGGAAUCUGACAAACAGAAAGUAGAUAUAGGAAAAGAUGCAAUUAAAGAUCUUAAAAUUGAUGCUACUAAAGAAAAAAAGGCAGAUCUUGAUCGAAAGCUAAAAGAUGAGGAAAAACAACUAGAUCGAAAAAAAGAUCAGGAGGGACUCAAAGAAAGAGAAGAAAUAACUAAGACUGCGGGUAUUCCUGGUGGCAAAAUUGAUAUGAAGGAAGAUAGAAAAGUUGAACCUGACAAACGACAGGUUCAGGAAUCUGACAAACAGAAAGGAGAUACAGGAAAAGAUGCAAUUAAAGGUCCUAAAAUUGAUGCUACUAAAGAAAAAAAGACGGAUCUUGAUCGAAAGCUAAAAGAUGAGGUAAAACAACUAGAUCGAAGAAAAGAUCAGGAGGGACUCAAAGAAAGAGAAGAAAUAACUAAGACUGCGGGUAUUCCUGGCGGCAAAAUUCAUAUGAAGGAAGAUAGAAAAGUUGCACUUGAAAAACAACAGACUCAGGAAUCUGAAAAACAGAAAGGAGUUAUAGAAAAAGAUGCAAUGAAAAGCCUUGAAAUUGAUGCUAAAAAAGAGAAAGAGGCGGAAUCUGAUCGAAAGCGAAAGGAUGAGAAAAUACAACAAGAUCGAAAGAAAGAUCAGGGAGAUCUCAAAAAGGAAGAGGAAAUAACAAAGACUGGGGGUAUUCCUAGCGAAAAAAUUGAAAUAAAGAAAGAUAGAACAAGUGAACACGACAAACGACAGGUUCUGAAAUCUGAAAAACAAAUUGGAGUUACAGGAAAAGAUACAAUGAAAGACCAUCAAAUUGGUGCUACCAAAGAAAAAGAGCCGGAAUCUGAUCGAAAGCAAAAGGAUGAGGAAAAACAACAAGAUCGAAAGAAAGAUCAGGGAGAUCUCAAAAAGAAAGAUGAAAUAACAAAGACAAGGGGUAUCCCUAGCGGAAAAAUUGAAAUGAAGAAAGAUAGAACAAGUGAACUUGACAAACGAAUGGUUCAGGAAUCUGACAAACAAAAAGGAGUUUCAGGGAAAUAUACCAUGAAAAGCUUUGAAAUUAGUGGUCCUAAAGAAAAAGAGGCGGAUUUGCAUCGAAAGCAAAAGGAUGAGGAGUUACAACCAGAUCGAGAGAAAGAUCAGGUAAAUCUCCAAAAAAAAGAUGAAAUAACUAAGACUGGUGGUAUUCCUGGCGAAAAAAUUAAGAUGAAGAUAGAUAGAAAAGGUGGACUAGGCAAACGACUGAUAGAGGAAUCUGACAAACAUAAAGGAAUUACAGGAACCGAUACAAUGAAAAGCCUUGAAAUUAGUUCUUCUAAAGAAAAAGAGGCUGAUUCGGAUCGAAAGCGAAAGGAUGAGGAAAUACAACUAGAUCGAAAGAAACAUCAGGAAAAACUCAAAGAGAAAGAUGAAAUAACCAAGACAAAGGGUGUUCCUGACGGAAAAAUUGAUAUCAAAAAAGAAAGCAAAGGUGAACUCGACCAACGAAAGGUUCAGGAAUCUGAAAAACAGAAAGGAAUUAUAGGAAAAGACGCAAUGAAAGGCCUUGUUAUUGGUGCUACUAAAGAAAAAGAGGCUGAUCUUCGUCGAAAGCAAAAGUAUGAGGAAAGACAGCCAGAUCGAAAGAAAGAUCAAGAAGAAUUCAAGAAGAGAGAUGGAAUAUCUAAGGAUGGCUUUAUUUCUAGUGGUGGUAAGGAAGGUAAAAUUGACAAAGACUUAGGUCAGGAAUCUUAUAAACAAAAAGAUGUGUCAAGAAGAGAAGAAGCCAAAACCAGAAAAAUUGAUGAUACUGGAGAUAAAAAAGCUGAUUUUGUUCGAAAAAUAAAGGAUGAGGAAAGACAGCUAAAAGCUAAAAAGCGAGAAAUUGACUAUAAAAAAGAUAAAAUGGUCAGUGACAGAUUUCUGAAACAUAUUUCUGGUAAGGCUCACUUGAAAAGUGAUAAAAUUGUGGGUCCGGAUCGGGAAAAUCUUGUAGGAACCAGUAGGGAUCAUCAAGGAAUCAGAAAAAAAGUUCAUAUGAUUAAGGGCCGUAAAAUUAUUGAUGACAAAUCUGGAAUAGGAAGAGUUAUCGAAAGCAAAGGUGGAACUCGAGAAGGAUCUAGACGAACAGAUAAAUCAUCGGGAAAAGAAAGUGUAGCAAUAAAGCAAAAAUUGAAUGAAUUGGAUUAUACAAAAAUUUCAGAUGAAGAUCGAAUAGGAAAAGAAAAGAAGAAAGGAAAAAAAAUAGCAGCAUAUGAGGAAAAACCGAAAAUUCGUCGAAAUAUAAACGAGAAACGAUCUAAAUAUGAAAUCCUUAAAUCUCCAAGUUGUGAAACAUUGAAAAAAUAUCAAGAAAAAUGGAAAUGUUCAACACAAGUUGAAAAAGAUAUGCAAACUCUCGAAACAGAAGAAAAAGGGACAAUAACCAACAUCCGUGGAACUACUGAACCUGAAAAAAAUGAAAAGGGUGAAGGAAGCCAUAAAGGUGAUAUUAGAAAAUAUAUGGAAAAAACAGCAAUCAGAAAAGCAGAUGAAUAUCUAAGCUUAGGGAAGAAUAUGAAAGAAUUAGAUGAUGAAAGACACAUCGAAAAACAACAAUAUGGUACUGGAAGAGGACAGGAUAUAACGAAGAAACUUGAAACUUCAUAUAAAAAUUUGAAGAUUGAAGAUACAAAAAAAGAUGAACAUGAAAAUAAAGGUCUAGAUAAAUAUGAUGAAGAAACCCUAGAAGGACAAGGACUUGAAUGGCCAUAUCGGGAUAGUAAACGAACCAAACCAACUAAAGAGGAGCUUGAUAUUGAAAACAAAACUGAAGAAAAGGUAAAAAAUCAUAGGGAGCAAUAUGGAACUAAGAGAAACGAAAUAUCUUACGGCCAUGAUAGAAUUCAUGAAGAAGUGAAAAUGGAUCGAGAAAAUAUUAACUAUAAUAAAUGGGACUCAGAUCACGAUAGAAAAAAAAAUGAGAAACAGUCUGGAACUAGAGAUAUCGAAACAUCCGACUAUAAAAUCACAGGAAAAAAACAAAAAUUGGAAACUUUAGAGUGGGAAAGACAAAAAACUGCAGAUGAAGAUCUGAAAGAUGAAGAAAUAGUUCUGAAGAAGACAAAUGACUAUCCAAGCACUGAAAAUGCAGUUAUACAUCAAGAACUCAAAGUGGAAAACAGAAAUGAGAAACAGAAUGAUGAACAUGGUACAAAAGACGACGACCGAAAUGAAACUCAAGAGAAGAGUCACGAAAUAACUUAUAACAAGCAAGGAUUAAAGGAAGUAGAUGCAAAAGACAAGAAUUUUCCGAAACUCACAAUUGAUGGAACACACGUGAGUCAACUUGAACAGUUAAUGAAUGAUCAAAGUAAAUUGAAAGACAUAAAGCAGAUUGAGAAAGAACGUACACUAAGAGGAAUUGAAGUUUCAUUGAAUAGUCCUUCAGCUGCUGAUAUAAAACAAAACGAAACAGUAGAAAAGUCCUAUAAUUUGGCUGGAAAGCAAAAAAUUGUUACAGAUCAGGCAGAAGAAAAUAAAAUUCAUAAUAAAUCACAAAAAGAUGUUGCUCCUCUGGCAGGAACUGAAAAAACAGAAGACACUCUAGAUAAGGAGAUGUAUUCAAAAUUAGUUGAAAAGAAUGGAGAUUAUGAUUUAAUCAAUGAAAAGAGAGAUACAAUGGGGCCUGAAUUUUCAAAGAAAAAAGGAAAAAUGACAAUGACAGAUCGAGGUAGGGAAAAAGAGGAUAAAAGUAUAGAAAAAAUUGAAGACUUUGGCUAUAAUGAGGCUAAAAAAAAAUAUAUGAAACAGAAAACAAAUAAGGAAGGCUCUGUAAAAAAAUUUAAAACGUUUAAAGAACAUUAUGACGAUCGAGGAAAAUAUGAUAGUUCCGAAAAUACGGAAACAAGGGGAGAAAUAAAAAAUGCAGAUCGGAAUCCGCAAGCUGUGAAAGAUAGGGAUUCACGAGAUUCUGAACUUAAAAUGGAAACUCUAUAUAGAAGGCAAAAAAAGAAAAAACCCUCCCAAAUCCAUAAAAAAAAUUUGAAAGUUAUUGAAAGAGGAGAAGGAAAUUAUAAACAAAAAAAUGAACUCCGGAAAAAAAUGAAAUAUGACCUACCUCGCUUUGGAAAUCACGCAUUGCAGUUCAAAAGUAAAAGAAAAAACUUACCAUUGGGAGUCGUAGGCAUUCCACUAUCUCGAGAUAUGAAAAAACAUAUGACUUAUUCAAAAGUCACCCCAAAACUAAGAUCCACUCAAUCUCUUCCUGCUAUGAAGCACAAUAAAGAGCUAGUAUUCAAAAGCAAUCACGAUAUUUCAAAAAGGUCACAGAAACCUUCCAGAACAAAAUCACUUACUUUCAAACGUAUAAACACCCAUAAAAAUAUUGGGAAACAGAACCAGCAAAAGUUGAACAAAUUAUUAUUCAAGCAGCUAGGAACAGAAUUUCAAAUUUUAACUGAUGCAGAAAAAUUGAAAAUUCUAGGCUCGUUGAAUAAAAAAAAACAUAAAAUUCUGAAUAGAAAAACUGUAGUUAUUAAAAUAAAACAAACAGAAGUACAUUUGAGGAUUAGGUCAGUAGGUAUGAAGAAAAAAUCUAAAUCUAAAAGUCAAAAAAAUCAAAGUACAAUUAACAUCAAUAGGGAGAAAGAAAUCUAUAGAAAACAUAAAACAAGGAUAAAUUCGCGAAAAAAAUCGAAAAAUCGAAUUAUUGACGAUUCAUUUCAUGUUCGGUCAUCAUUUUCUAUCGAUAGAUGUGGACGUAAUAUUUCAGAAGAAAAAAGAUAUUUAAAGAAAUUAAAAACUUUCAUUUCAGUUCGAAGAGAAAGAGGGAAUAACAGAAAAGAAAAGAACAAUGAAUCAAAUUCAUGCUGUUGCUGCCGGAAAAUUAAGAAAUCUUCUUCAGUUCAAGAAUUUUCAGGUUCUAAAAAAAAUAUAUUGAAAAAUAAAACAAAAAGAAAUGAUCAACUCACUGAUAGACCUCGAUCGAUAUACGUUCCGACAAAAUAUGGAAAGAAGGACAUCAAAGGACGUUCAGUAGGAGAUUUUGGUUCCAUUGUCACUUUAAAAAGAAAAUUUUCAUCAGUCAUGAAUAAUGCGAAUGGAAAUUCCUACUUUUCCAAUAAAGAUCAAAAUAAAGAAGGAAAAGAAGUACAUUCAGUUGGUGCACAAGUUGGUAUAAAUCGAAAAAGGCAAAUGGAGAAACCAAUUAAAAAUAAAAAUCGAAGGGAAUGGAAGGAAGUUAAAUUAAUGAUGUUAAGAGAAAGAAGAACUGAAACCACUGUUAAUAAAGAAUUGCAAGCUGCGGACACUAAUUUAUCGAAUGAACUUGACACUUAUAGUGACGAAUGUUCAAUUAGCAUAAGACAAUCUAAAAGUUGUUGCUACAUUUCAAAUGCCACUAACAAAAAUGCAGAUGAGAAGCAAAUGAAAUACAAGGAUUCAAAAAAUCUUCUAUUGCACAAUGUGGAAAGUGCUUGUUCCAAUUCUAAAGCAAUUGAUCUACUCAUUAAAUCAUUUUGUUCGAAGGAAUAUGAAUCUAUGCGAAGUUUUAGAUUUGAUGGAAAGGAAGAAAUUGGUCUAUGUGAAUCUAGAGAUUGCGUAAGGAAUACGUACUACUCGAAAAAAUCGAGAGAGUCGAAAUCAAAAAACCUUAACGACAAAGAGAAGAUAAGAACAACCAAAAGGAUAACUUUUGGAAGUGAUAUCGAUCUCGAAUGUUCGAAAGUAAUCAGCAAGUAUGGAGUCAACGAGAAACCGAAAAGUAUAUUGAAAAAUCCUCUGUAUAAAACGGACCUACAUUUAUUUCCUUUACCAGGAAACAUUAUUCCAUUUUCAACAUCGCUCUUACAAAAUACGGACGAUAACAUGGAAGAUCAGUUCUCAAAUAUAGAAACUGAAAUAUCGAACAUUAUUCUGGAAACUGAGGAAAGCAGAUCAGUACUGACACUAUCCAAUGCAGGUGUUCCGAUUCUGACAGCAUCCGAGAUUGAAUUCAUCAAGGAAAUGAAAGAAAAAUUUGGUAACUUCACACCAAAAUCGGAAGAGAGAAAAUUAGGAAACGGUAGAGAUCAUUGGCGUGAACCUUGCAGAAAUCUCGCUCUAUGCCAUGACGGAAUCAAAUCUAACGCUGGCUGCUCUCAUAAUAGAUUUGCUAACGAGAAUACUUCACAUCUGAAGAAGCCAAAAACCGUUGAGUUGAAUAUUGACAAAGCGGUAAAGAGUCCAAAAGCUGCUAUCAAAUUGAAAGAUCUCAUAGAUAAAACUUGCUUACCUCACAGCAAACCCUCCGCUGAUGAAAAGAGACUGGAAAAGAAACAUAAAACUAAAUCUGAUAGUAGGAAGAAAAAAGACCAUUUUCAAAAACAGGAAAGUAUUUCACUACGUGAGCCAAAACUUUCACACAUGCUUCCCAUGAACAAAAGGAGCAUCGUGAGAAGUUUCUAUCAAGUGUUGUUCCUUUUUGAAAUAGAUGUAUUCGGUUCGUCUACGCAAUAUCAACAGUAUGCCGAAGAAACUCAAAAUGAGAACAGGCGUCAAGAAUCAAGUUUAGCAAAAAAUUAUGACACUUUAUGUCGGUCUGGUGAUCAUAAUGAUUUGAGAAAUUCCGUGAUAUUCAUGAGGUUGGAUUUGUUGAAAAAACACAUGUCGCUUGUCAGAAGUAUAACUGGUUCAAAUAGUUCCCUUCGGUUGCUUGUGGAAAAAGCAAUUCUUUCAACUGAAUGCUGCAAGAAAGACAAAAAUGGUAGAAAAUAGUUUCUACCCCAAUACGAUUUAGAUUUCGCCCUGCAGGAUCACUACGUGCCUCAACAUAAAGCCAAAUUCGAGCGUAUCCACAAAUUCCAUCGACCAGAAAUCACCCGUUCAAACAAGGAUAUCAACACCGAAAUGUCACUUCAGCCAAAGCUCCAACU